GGGUUCUCCCCUCCCAGGUGGCGGCCGCGGCUCGACCCUCGGUAAGCCGAUGGCCCGGGUCCCGAGCGCGGGCUAGCGUGCCUGGGUGCCCGGCCAUGGGCUGUGUCGGCUCUCGGAGCCCGGCGGGUCAGGCAUUUCUGGGGACCACCAGCAGGCUGAGGCUCAGGGACAGAGACGGCUGCUCCAGCUAAAGGUCAGUUGUGCUAUACAUUGCCUCUUGGCACUGUCUAAGGGAUGGGCCUCAGCUUGCUGAGCUCCACAGAGCUUGGCUGGGCCCCUGGCACUCCCACCUCCUCAAAGCCAUGAGGCAGGAGUGUUCUCCUUAUGCGACUAGGAACAGGUUCCAAGUGGGGAGGGGACUGGCUCAGCAUCCGGAACCAAAAUAGGAAUAGAACUGGGAGCUGAGCCUGGAGCGGUUCUGGGCUUUUGGUUCUCUGCAUCAACACAGCCAGCAUGCCUAUGAUUUCUGUGCUGGGAAAAAUGUUCCUGUGGCAGCGUGAAGGGCCUGGAGGACGAUGGACUUGUCAGACAAGUCGCAGAGUGGCCUCGGACCCCGCGUGGGCUGUGGAGUGGAUCGAGCUUCCUCGGGGCCUCUCUCUCUCUUCUCUGGGAUCCUCUCGGACCCUCCGAGGCUGGAGCCGGUCCUCUCGCCCUUCCUCCGUGGACAGCCAGGACUUGCCAGAGGCCCGGCCAGAGGCUACCGGCGCCACCCUGGGGGCCCUGUCAGCCAGGUGAAUGUUGGAGACAGAGUCGCGAUGCUGCCCAAGUCCCGGAGAGCUCUAACUAUCCAGGAGAUUGCUGCGCUGGCCAGAUCCUCCCUGCAUGGUAUUUCCCAGGUGGUGAAGGACCACGUGACCAAGCCCACAGCCAUGGCCCAGGGCCGAGUGGCUCACCUCAUUGAAUGGAAGGGCUGGAGCAAGCCAAGUGACUCGCCUGCUGCCCUGGAAUCAGCCUUUUCCUCCUAUUCAGAUCUCAGUGAGGGUGAACAAGAGGCUCGCUUUGCAGCAGGAGUGGCUGAGCAAUUUGCCAUUGCAGAAGCCAAGCUCCGGGCGUGGUCUUCAGUGGAUGGUGAGGACUCUACAGAUGAAUCCUAUGAUGAGGACUUUGCUGGGGGAACUGACUCAGACAUGGCUGGGCAGCUGGGACCCCACCUCCAGGACCUCUUCACUGGUCACCGAUUUUCUCGGCCUUUGCGCCAGGGCUCUGUGGAGCCUGAGAGCGACUGCUCGCAGACCGUGUCCCCAGACACCCUGUGCUCUAGUCUGUGCAGCCUGGAGGAUGGGUUGCUGGGCUCUCCGGCCCGCCUGGCCUCCCAGCUGCUGGGCGAAGAGCUGCUCCUUGCCAAACUGCCCCCCAGCCGGGAAAGUGCCUUCCGCAGCCUGGGCCCAUUGGAGGCCCAGGACUCGCUCUACAACUCGCCCCUCACAGAGUCCUGCCUUUCCCCCGCGGAGGAGGAGCCAGCCGCCUGCGAGGACUGCCAGCCGCUCUGCCCGCCACCGGGGGGCAACUGGGAACAGCAGUGGCAAGCUUCUGAUGUGGCUUCUUCUGGGGUGGUGUCCUUAGAUGAGGAUGAGGUAGAACCAGAGGAACAGUGACACAAAUCAUGCCUGGUGAUGGCAUGUGUCCCCUGGCUGCUGGUGGGGGCAGAGCCUCAGUGCCCAAGCGUGGGCUUGAGGCUUCCAGCAGAGCUCCAAAGCCUAGAGGGCUCCUUGGAGCACUCACUCCUCAUUGUGUGUUUUGCAUGAAAGUGUCUAGAGAGGAGGCAGGGACCAGGCUGGGGGCGCAUGUCCAGCCCCCACUCCUGGGGUUUGCCGGGGCUGCCCGGGGCCCCUGGGGCAUGGCUACAGCUGUGGCAGAGUGAUGUCAUGUUCUUAAAUCAAAAAACGCCACAUAUUUCCUCCUCUGAUGGUGUGAACCCCCGAGGGGACGGUUAUGACUGGGCUGUGUGGGGUAGAAUUGGAGGGAGCCUGGCCUCCCCCUGCCCCUCCCUCUGCCUCUCUCCUCUCUGCUUCUCUCCUCACCUCCAAGUUCAUGUGCAGUGCUUGAUAGAAUCACCCCCACCUGGGGAGCCUACGGAUUGAGCCGUCCCCAGGGCCCCUCUCCCAGCUGGGCUCGUGCUGUGCUUCACCUCUCCAUUGUCUCUAAAUCUUCUUCUUUUUUCUAAAGAAAAA